GCCAUCAACUCCAUCACGACUUGAGGAGGAGCAAGUGGAAGCAUCCACACCACUUCCCAGCAGUGGUUCAACAGAAGUGCCAUCAACUCCAUCUCCACUUCAUGAGGAGGACAAAGAGGAAGAUGACAUUGACAUGGCAGAGACCACCCCACCAUCCAGAACUGGGGUACCUGUAGGUAUUGCAAGCACCACAUUAAGUGAUGACCCAGGAUGUUGGCCCAGUGUCCUAACAAGCAGUAUGCGCUGUGAAAUAGUCAAAAAAGGACCUGUGCAAAUCAUGGACAUUGAAUUCCCGCAAAACUUAGACAAUCCUCCUCGAAGAUUCACCAAGGACAGUUACAAAAGAACCAUGAAAAAUGGUGAGAAUAUACAUCGAUCGUGGCUGGUGUAUUCCAUCCACACAGAUGGAGUGUUCUGUUUCCCUUGUACUGUUUUCGGGAAGCGUGAGCGUGACAAUGCCUUAACGACCUGUGGCUACGGUGGAUGGAAGAACCUUUCCUAUCGCCUAAAAAAACACGAGUGCACAAAGGUGCACUGUGACAAUGUGAAAAAGUGGCACGACCUUCAGAGGAGACUGCAAACCAGUACACUGAUUGAUCAAAGACAGAUGGAGUUGAUGCAACUUGAAGUUGAACACUGGAAAGGCGUGAUUCGGAGAGUGAUUGCCAUAGUUUCCCAUCUGGCAGAACGCAACCAGGCUUUGAGAGGAACUACCAGUACCGUGUAUGAUCGCCACAAUGGGAAUUUUCUGGCUCAAGUGGAACUCCUAGCACAGUUUGAUCCGGUAAUGAAUGAACACAUCAGACGAAUACAAUGCAAAGAGACAAAGGUGCAUUACCUGAGUGGAGUCAUUCAGAACGAAAUCAUUCAGCUGGUCGGAGACAAAAUCCUACAGGAGAUUGCAAGAAGAGUGCACAAAGCAAAAUACUUCUCCGUGAUCAUGGAUUGCACUCCUGACAUCAGCCACAAGGAACAACUUUCUGUUGUUCUCAGGAUUGUCAACUGUGAAACACCUGUUUCUAUUGCUGAGCAUUUUUUGGGAUUUGUACAUGUUGAAGACACAACUGGUAAAGGGCUCAGUGAAAUCCUGCUUGACCAGUUGGAGAAGCACAACCUCAGCAUUUCAGAUUGCCGUGGGCAGUCAUACGACAAUGGCAGCAAUAUGAUGGGCCACAAACAGGGUGUGCAGGCAAGAAUUUUAGAGCUGAACAACAAGGCGCUAUGCAUCCCAUGCAGCAGUCACACACUAAAUCUGGUUGUGUCAGAUGCUGCCAAGUCUUCAGUGUUGUCCAUGUCUUUUUUUGGUAUGCUGCAACGACUGUACAACCUUUUCAGUUCCUCUGUGCACCGCUGGGCAAUUUUGAAGCAGCAUGUGAAGCAGCUCACCCUUAAGCCACUUUCAGGGACGAGAUGGGAGGCCCGAAUUGACAGUGUGAAGGUAGUGCGGUACCAUCUACCUGAAAUACUAGACGGACUGUCAGCACUGGAGACAUAUGCUACAGAGAAGGGGGACUCAGAGACCAUGUCCUCAGCAAAAAGCUUACAUGGUGAGCUUAAAACAUGGUCCUUUCUUCUGUGCACAAUAACCUGGUACAACGUUUUGUAUCAGGUUAACCAUAUGAGCAAGCUCCUCCAGAGCCCGGAUGUUUCAAUGCAAACACUGAAAAAAGAAACCGAGGGAGUGACAGAGUACCUAGAAGAUUUCAGGGAAAAUGGACUCGCAUCAAGCCAAACGGAUGCAAUGGAGAUUGCAGAAGAUCUGGAAAUUGAGAGGAAAUUGCCUGAGAAAAGGCAACGUAAAAAGAAAAGGCAGUUCCUUUACGAGAGUACAGAUGAAACCCAAUCGACCCCAGAAGAGGCCUUCAGAAGGGACUUCUUCCUGCCUUUGGUUGACACUGCCAUCACCAGCCUAAAAGACAGAUUUUCCAGACUGGAGGGGGUGUAUGCCCUGUACGACUUCCUGUUCAGCAUUGAUAUCAUGAGGGCCACAAUCAAGACUGGGAAAUUGCAUGAGAGAUGCAGGAAAGUGGAACAAACCCUCCAUGAUAUUGAUGCAGACGACUUGGCAUUGGAGAUCAACUCUGCUGUCCACACCUUUCCAGAUGAAGUAUCCAGGUGCCCAUUUAAAAUGCUGGACUACAUAUACAGUGAGAAGCUGUUGGACCUGUACAGCAAUUUAAGCAUUGCACUGCGCCUACUUCUGACCCUUCCUGUCUCGGUUGCCUCCGGAGAGAGGAGCUUUUCAUCUCUGAAGCGCAUAAAGAAUUACAUGAGGUCAACUAUGAGCCAAGAGAGGCUCUCUGGACUGGCACUCAUGUCAAUUGAGAGUGACGUCCGCAGGUCUUUGGACUUGGAGGGGAUUGUGUCUGCAUUUGCUGAGGCCAAGGGCCGCAAGCAGCAGUUUCAGUAGGAAAUAAAAAAAAUAAUAAAGGCUACUUUUCAGUGUAUGUUUGACCUCUUUUGUGAUUAAAACGCACAGAAUUGCGGAAAUUUUUUUUUUAAAGGCCCCCAACAACUUCUUUGCCUAGGGCCCCCAAAAUCCUAGA